AGCAAUAGAGACGCUACGUUAUUGUUUUUCCAUGUAAUUAAUUAAUUACUGGUAAUUAUAUUAUUCAGAUAAUUUAUUAGUGUGGUAACAUUUUGUGGGCAAGUUAGCAAAGGCAACCUUUAAGUUAAUAAUUUGCUUUGCAACUGUUUGUUUUAGAGGAAUUUUCUAGAAGGUUUUUAACUUUAGCGACUGGUCGUGGGUCGAAUUUCGUGAAAUGAGGCGAUUUUACGUCUGUGUUCUUCUCGUGGUGGGGACAACCGUUUCGACCGGACGAGGAGAGCUUGGGAGUACGUCGACGUUGGAAAAGGGCGAAAUCGUGACUUUUACCUCGUCAACUGUGAAGCGUGAAGGGCUUUUAAACACCCACUACUGGACGGAGAAGAACGAGCGAAGUACGAGCAAAACGUACACAUUAUGGGAGGAGGCGGAUGUCCAUUUGGUAGAGUGGCCAGGAAACGUGACCGUCCGCGAUCCCGACUGGCCUUUGCUCAAGUGGGGGAAAAUUCGGGCGAAAUUUGUUGUGAAUCGAUGCUGCGAAAGCUUUGUAGGGAUCCAAAUGAGGGCAUAUGCGUAUCGCUACUUGUUCUUGACGUGGGGUUAUCACCGCUUUUUAAAAACAGUGACACCACCGCUGACAUUUCCGGCCAAGUUCAUAUGGUCAGAGAGGCGACGACGACAACACGUUGCGACAGAGGUGACCGUGUCGGAUUUCGUCUUUGUGCACGACGCUCUAAUCGUAGUGUUGGGGGAGGACGGCGGUGGAGUUGUUGUUCGCGUGGGUGGGCUAGAGUUGGCGUGGGCGAUGUACGAGAGGGAAAAGGGAGAGGAAUUGGUCUACUCUGUGGCGAAAGGUAUUUCUUCUCCCGUCAACAAGUUAGUGGGCCAGUAUUGUUGCGAAAAGACUGACAAGGGGGACUUUUGUCCAUGGGGGGAAACCGUGGUGGCAUAUAGAGAAGGAGCAUGGGAGGAGAAAAUUGGGAUUUUUGUGUCUGUGGAUGGUGCUGUCACGUUUCGUCUCCUUCUCCCUUCUAUCCCCACAAGCUCCUCGUCGACACGUCUACACGCUGUCCUCGCAUAUCCCGACGUGGGAAAAGUGUUCCUUCUGCACGGGACUCGAAAUAUCGGAAGACUGGACGCGUAUUCAAUUUCAUCUGGAGUGUUUCUAGGAGGAAAAAGCGUGACCGAGUUAUCAAGAUUUUCAGAAUCUCUACACGCAUCUCGAAUUGGGGAGGACAUGUCGCUCAUCGUCUGGGACAAGUGUAACGUCUGGUACUCACCAAGCGAAGGUCGAAAUCUGACCAAGGCGACACAUUACGUCCACGGUUUCAUUCGAGAUGGGCGCAGCUGGAUUAAUAAAACCAAGAAGGAUAAGAAGGGAACACAUUACAUUAUGGAAAAGUACUGUCGAUUUGGGCGGAGGGCAAGUUUAGCGAUUUCGAAGUGGGGCAAGAUUGCGCUGCUGGAUGAGGACAAUCACUUCCAUUUUGGGGUGGACACCAAGGAGGGAGGAGAUCAUGGGGUCGUAUUCCCACUCGUGGCGAUGGCAGUUGACAUGAGUUUGGUGGCGGAGGAGGAACGCUUCUCAAUCAUACCGCAUUUCGAUCGGAGUAAUCAUCCCAAAUUGAUCUACCCUCCGCGCUACCUGACUCUGCCUUCUCACAUAAAUUUUGGGCCAAGCUACGCGACACGCUUGGCGAUCCGUCUUCUCCCAAAGACCGUCUUCCCGUCUGAAUUUAUGAUGCCGUUCUUCACCAAUAAUGCUGACCUGCCUCUCAAGUUUGCAAAUUAUGCGCUGCCCCCGUGCCAGACGUCAAGCCUUUCGAUAAACGGGUCGAUCACUCAGAAGGCUAAGUACUACAUGCUCCCGGCCUGGGGUCACGUCAACUUUACCGUCAGAUUCAAGUCGUACGGAGAACGAGGGGAAGACUUGUUGCAAUGGGAGGGUGCGGGUGAGAAUGUGAAAAAGUUUUUGAGGGUGAGGAUGAAGAAAAGGCACGAGGUCGAGAUGCACGUGGAUGGCGACGCGUGGGUCAACUAUGAGGUGGUGAUUUGGCCGAGAAGCGUGUCCGGAUCGAGGCGAAUCUUCAUGCUCAAUUUCUACACGGAAAGAAUGCUUCGCUGCAAUAUUCAGCCCUCCGUCCCCAUCCACCUCAGAGUCCUGGAUGCCUUCCCUCCCUCCGGGGAUGGGAAAUACACUCCGCAAAAUGAUGAUGACGAUCAGAGGAGUUUUCUGCGGACGGAUGCGACGCACAUCCAGUACGGGAAGCGAUUAGAGAAAACAGAGGACACGCCUCGGACAUGUUCCUCUUCUUCGUCGAAGAAAGGGGGCGAAUCCUGUGGGGCGAGUAAAGGGGCGACUUCUGGCAUGAAGGAGAUGGAUAUGAAAAUGGCCCAAAACAUGGAUUAUCUCCUCAAUUUGGACCUCCAUAAGAACGGUGAUGGAAUCAUAAAUCAUCAUCAUUAUCGUGGAGAAUUGUGAAAAUACAAAAAUUGAAAUGUAUUCGUUCCUUGUUUUCAUUAUGAAGAUGUCUUAAUUUUAAUUAAAACUCACUGUUUGUUAUUGUACCUCAUAAUAAUUAAGGAUAAUAAUAAUACAAUUAGUAGAUGGUUGUAUUGAUCUUAUCGUAUGAAACAUUUGCCUACCGAUCCAUAUCAUCUCGUGAUUGCAAACGAAAUGACCAUCAUUAAGGUGGUCAGAUUUCCAACAAAAACAUGCAUUAUUCCAUCCACAUAUUUCCCAGGAACGCAAAUAAAUUCCACUUUUGACAAACGGUUUACAAUUAGUGCCAAUAUUUCGAGUCAAUAUUUUCUAGAAACAUUUGACGAUCAUUUGGUGCAUUGUUAAAUUACUUAUGUAUUAGUUUCAAUAAUAAAACACUUGAUGAGCAGAGC